AUGAAGGGUAGAUACGUGAAGAAGCAGAAGGCCUUGGCAGAAACAGAGUCAGAAGAGGUGCAGAAUGCACCACACAGUUUUGUCAUCCACCGUGGGAAGGUGAGCGUGGACGUCAAGACGCUCGAACAGGAUCUCCGCUCCAUUUUGGAGCCAUUCACUGCCUCCAAGUUGAAAAGCAGGAAGAAUAGUCACAUCAAAGACUAUGUGACUGCAUCAGGAAUCUUCCAUGUAUCACAUCUUCUCAUCCUGUCUCAGACUGAACUAGGAGUUAACUUGAAGGUCUGCAGGUUGCCUGCUGGCCCAACGCUUACUUUUAGGGUGAAAAGGUAUUGCCUGGGCCGUGAUGUGAGAUCCUGUCUCAAGAGACAGGUGAUUUAUGAUGGACUCCUCCUGAACCCCCCUCUCUUGAUCCUCAGUGGGCUCUCAGAGGACAUCAACCAUGAGUUGCUCAUGGCUAAGGCCUUUCAAAACCUUUUUCCGCCUCUCAGCAUUCCCAAGAUGGAAGUGAAGAAGAUGAAGCGGGUCUUACUCAUCCACAAGGAUGCUGAGUCAGGAGAGCUGGAACUGAGACACUUUGCUGUCCGCCUUGCCCCUGUUGCAGGACGACCCAUCAAGAAACUCACAUCGAACCAUGUCCCCAAUUUGGCCAAAUAUGAUGAUGUUGCUGAUUUUGUACUCAAGAGUGGUCAGUUAUCAGAGAGCGAAGGAGAAGCAGAUGACCCAAGUGCUCAGGUGACCCUGCCAGAGGGCAUGGAAGUGAAGGGACAAAUUGGAUCUGCAAAGCAGUCUGCUGUCAGGUUGACUGAAAUUGGGCCUCGAAUCACUUUGCAGCUGAUGAAGGUUGAAAGUGGCCUGUUGACUGGAGAGGUGUUGUUUCAUGCCACCGUCGUCAAAUCUGCCGAGGAUAGAGAGAGGAUCCGAAGACUGCGGGAUGAGAAGAAGCGCUUGAAGUUGGAGAGGAAGCGAAAGCAGGCUGAGAACUUGAAGCGGAAGCAGAUGCUCGAGGCAGAGGCCAAGAAGCAAAAGGAAAAGGAGCUAGAAGCAGAAGAGGAUGAUGAUGUUGCCUGGUAUCGACAGGAAGUUGGUGAAGAACCCGAUCCAGAUCUGCUGUCAAAGAAGAGGAAGUGGAAGCGAAGGGGGGAAGUGAAGGUGGAGGAGGAGCAGGAGGAUGAGGAAACAGCAAAGAAAAAAGCAAAGUUGAAACGGAAGAAAGAAGAGCAUGCCGAAUGGCUCGAGCAGGUCAAGAAACGGAAGCAGCUCAAGAUGAAGAAAAAAAGAAGGAAGAAGUGAGAUUGAUGUUUAUCCCAUCUGAAUAAUAAUGUCAAAACUGACUUCUGAAAUUGCUCUUUCAUUGCAUAAGUAUGCAAUAAAGUGACAUUGAUUACA